AAUCCCCAAAACUUAAACAAACCCUAAUCCCAAACAAAACAUAAUCCCCAAUUCAGACCCAAGCCUUUAUUCAAAGCAAAUCAACAACCGAAUUCAACAAUAAAACCAAUAAAGAUCAAUCUAAGUGAACCUAACGCGAGACCAACGCGCCGCCACUCUCGAGGCCGGAAACCGUGGCUUAGCUUCGUCGAGCAAGGCUACCGCUUUACGGCAGCAGAAGCGAAACGCAUAAGGCCACAGCUUGCGGCCUAAAUGGGCUCUAGUGGCGGUGGCUUUUCAAGCGGAGGCUGUGCUCUGUUGGAAAAGGUCGGGGUAUUACGCUUUCUUCAGUUUUGAAUUUGCUAUCAACUUAAAUUACCCUUUAACCCUGAUUUUAUAAACUUAACUGAAAAAAUCUUAACGGUUUACUAACGGCAGGGCUUCGUGACUAGUACUGAACUACUGAUACAACCGAGGGGUGCCAUAUAAAAGUUACUCAGUUACCUCCCUGCUCUCAGGGGUUUUUUGGGUAUUUUAUCAGAUUUAAAGGCAAAAAUUAUAUUCCCAAAAUUUGCUAAACCCCUAAUUCAGGUCUCAUCAUAAUUGUACUAUCACUCUACAUAAGAUCAUCACCGACGGCCCCCACGCGACGGCAGUUACUCGCAUUAGGAAUUUUAUGAUUUCUUUUUCUUUCUGUUUGACAAUUUAUCAAUUGAAGAAGCUUUAUUGUUAAAUAGGAAAAAAGGGUAAGUAUAUAUUUACUGAUUCUAAUUAUCCUUAUUGUGUUUUUUGUUUCUGAGAAGUGAAAACAUAAUCGUUAAUUGCGUGAGAGAGAAAAAUAUGGGUCGUCGUGACAUAAGGAAAGAAGCUCGAUUAGCUAAGAAUCAAAGGAAACAUCAAGCUUGGAUGGAGCAUCAGAAAUCCCAGAAAUUAAAGAGAACAAAUGAGGAUGUUAAGUUGAAACAUGGGAAGAAAUCGAAAGGUUCAUACACGCAGAUUAAGUCUGAGGAAAAUCAGAGCUUGACGGAAUUGAUUUUGUCAGAAGAAGAUGAAGUGAAGUUGAAUUCUGUGGGACAAAAUGAGUCUACUUCAUCUAAAACAGAGAAACGAAAGAAGGAUAUCAGUAAGAGAGCUCGGAAAACAAAGUUUGAAGAAUUUCUUCAAUUGGAUGUGCCAAAAGCUAGCAUAAGUGCAGAGGAAGAUUUGGAAUUGGAGAGGAAACUUGCAAAGAGACUCAAGGUGAAAAAUGGGAAAAUGCGGGGAGAAGAUGAUGGUUUAAAUGUGUUAUUCGAAGGAGUUCCAUCUGUUUUUGAUUCAUCAGGGGAAGAGGAAGAAAUCCCCAAUGCUGAAGAACAACCUGCCAAGAAGAAACCUAAGAAGAGAAAAUCAUUGGAGCAGGGACUAGAAGGUGAGAAUGGUGGUGAUUUAAUGCCCAAGUCAGAAGAAACCAAUGGUGCAGACGUGGGUUUGGAAGAAGUUCCUGCCACGGUAGCUUCACGAAAGAGGAGGAAGAAAAAGUUGUCAGAGCAAGCACAAGACAAUGUGGUCUCUGAUACUGCUGAUACCGUCUCCAAUCCUCAGGAAACCCAUGAUGCAGAGGUGGCUUUGGUGGAAAGUACUGCCAGGGCACCUGCAUUGGAAAGCAGUGUAAAGUAUGUUCCUCCUCACUUGAGAUCACGUGCAGGAAAUGAGUCAGAAGAGCAUAGUCAAAUCCGUAGAAGGGUUCGAGGUCUUUUGAAUAGACUCUCUGAAUCUAAUGUGGAAUCAAUUACUGGAGAAAUGUCAACAAUCUUUCUUUCGGUUGGCCGCAGUGUUGGUUCUAAGAUUAUCAGUGAGGAGGUGUUGGCUUCAUGUUCUAGCGGUCCUCGUGGCAAUGAACAGUAUGCUGCUGUUUUUGCAGCUUUUGUUGCAGGCAUGGCAUGUUUGGUGGGAAUUGACUUCAGUGCAAAGCUUAUGGCUUCACUUGCUCAGUCUUUUGAGAAUGAGUACCUCAAAAAAGACAAUCUUUCCUUGCGAAAUCUUACUCUUCUGCUCUCCUAUUUAUGCAUAUUUGGAGUUUUCUCAAGUGAGUUGAUAUAUGACUUUCUCAUCAUGUUGAGCAAGCGAUUGGCAGAGAUCGAUGUCUCUACUAUCUUGACAAUUUUGCAAUGCUGUGGGAUAAAAAUAAGGGGUGAUGAUCCUACUGCUAUGAAAGAUUUUAUUCUUAGUGUUCAAAAUAGGGUGAACGAGUUGAAGGCUUCCUGUGGAGAUGGCCCGAAAAAUAUAAAUGGCAAAAGAAUGGAGUUCAUGCUUGAAACCAUAUGUGACAUCAAAAACAACAAAAAAAGGCCUAAGGAGGAUACUGUGCAGCACACACGGAUAAAGAAAUGGCUACAAAAGUUAAGAGUUGAGGGCAUUCUAAUAAGGGGACUAACGUGGAGCAAGCUUCUUGAUCCUGACAAAAAGGGUCAGUGGUGGUUGUCCAGGGAUAUGGCAGCCCAAACAGAAAAUGUGGUAGAGGUUGCUAGAAAUAUUGAUAAAGAGGUUCUUGAAGCCCAGAAUAUGCUACAGCUUGCUUCUGCUAUGGGAAUGAAUACUGAAAAUAGAAAGGCAAUCUUUUGUAUUAUAAUGACUGCAGAGGAUUACAUUGAUACAAUUGAAAAGCUUUUAAGGCUGGAUUUGCCUGCAAAGCAGGACCGAGAGAUUAUACGGGUUCUUAUGGUAUGUUGUUUGCAUGAGAAACAUUUCAAUAAAUAUUACACGGUACUGGCAUCCAAGUUGUGUGAGCAUGACAAAAACCACAAGUUUACUUUGCAGUAUUGCAUUUGGGACUACUUCAAUGAGCUGGAGUCAAUGCCGCUUAUAAAAUCAAUGCACCUAGCCAAAUUUGUGGCGGAGAUGAUCGCAUGUUUUAAUCUCUCCCUUGGAGUUUUGAAACCAAUCGACUUCAGCAACCCCAUUGUGCUAACCAACAAAAGAAUUGUGCAUUUUAGGAUGCUAUUUGAGUACAUAUUUGAGUGUCCUGAUAAUCUCGUAUUGAAAAUUUUCGAUCGUAUAGCUGUCAACCCAGAUCUUGAAAUUCUUCGAGAUGGCAUCAUGCUUUUCAUUAAAGAGCAUGUUGUGAGAACUAACAAAGAACUGGCUAGUAAAUUCAAGAUCGCAAAGAAAGCUCUUAAGUAUGUACAACCUGUCCUCAUGUAAGUUUGAUUACAGUAUUAUAAUCAUUUAUGCCAAGCCUAAAUUUUGUAGUUCAAAUUUUGCCC